AUGUUCCCUCAGCGCCCCAUCGCCCGCCUGUCCCAGCGUGCCGCGCAGCAGCUGCGCUCAGCUCCCGUUCGAUCGACCGUGCAGCGCCGCUUCAACUCGUCCAAUGUGCCUUCGUGGGCUGCCGACAAUGCGUUCAACCGUGAGCGCGAGGCUGUGAAGCACCAUGCUGCCCAGACCAGCGGUGCUGCUGUUAUCCCCUGCCUGAUUGGCGGUAGCAUCAACGCUUACAACCUCUGGAAUGAGCACUGGGAGCACUGGGAGCACAUGCCCCCGCUUGAGGAGCGCACCGAGUACCCCUACCAGAACAUCCGCGUCAAGAACUUCCCCUUCGGCGACGGUGACAAGACCAUCUUCUGGAACUCCGAGGUCAACUACCACAACAAGGACAAGACUGUCUAA